AUGGAUGACUACGACAACGAGAAGCUGGCGUUACAGCUCCAAUAUACCAACAUCCAGGGAAGCUUACAGCUGCUCCGCAAUGACCGUGACAAACUCGAACUCACAGAGGGCGAAAAGUCACUCGUGAAGAGAAAGCGAGUGGACGACGUAUUAAAUGACCGUGAGGUUGCUCUCAUUUCCCUUGACACCGAGAUCGAGAGACAGGAGAGAAUCGCUGAAAAUAUUACCCUGGCACUGAAAGUCAACUUUGCCAUCGAAAUCAGCGAUGAUGAACCAGGACUAGGACUCGGAUCCGGACUCGGAUCUGGGAAGCGAAGUAAACGUACUGGCGCCUCCCACCGCAACCCAGAAGUAGUAUCCCUUCUAGACAUCGACGCCCUCGAUGACUCUGAGCUUAAACCUGGACAUAAACCCCGAGCUGAUCCCGUGAUAAUCGACCUUACUGGAAGCGACGAUGAAGAUGUGUACUUUAUCAAAGAACGCACCGGGCCAUCAGCCAAUACGCGGUCCAAGAUGAGGAAAGAGCGUGAAACCACCACGACAACGUGCACAGCCUGUCUGGAGUCAUUUAAAAAAUCUGAGACCUUCUCCGGAAAAUGCGGACAUGCGUUCUGCAACGCCUGUCUCAGAACAAUGUUCCUAAUGGCGACGCAGGACGAACAGCUCUACCCACCGCGCUGCUGCAGCGAACCGGUCAAGCCAAAGAGCUUACUCCAGAUCCUAGACUUUGACCAAAUCUACGCUUUUGACGAGAAAGCCAUCGAAUAUUCCGCCAAGGAUAGACUCUACUGCUCCGAACCGACUUGUUCGAAAUUCAUUCCCAAGACGGCGAUCAAGCACGAGAUUGCGACUUGUCCCGCUUGCAAGAAGCAGACUCAUGAGCUUUGCCGCUCUCCUGUUCACCCCGGUAUCGAUUGCCCAAUGGACCAGGCGCUGCAAAGCUUGUUGAAACUUGCGAAGGACAAUAAGUGGAAGCGGUGCCCGAAAUGUCAUGCCAUGGUUAGCCUCACUAGUGGAUGUGCUCAUAUUUGGUGCCGUUGUAGCCAUGAAUUCUGCUACGAAUGCGAGAUGCCUUGGAAGACCUGCCAGUGUGCUACAUGGCCUGCUGGAUAUCGUCAUCACUAA